UCAGCUCCCCCUACAGGCGAUCCCCCACACGCUCGUUUCGGCAGAGCCGUGAUGUUAGAGGUGAGGAAGAACGGAGGCAGUGUGAGGCUGGGAGCCAGAGGAGCAGCAGGCAGCUGGGCAUCGGGACAAACUGGAAGGACGUUUCCAGCGUGGGCACCCUGCAUUGGCAUCCGGGCACCAAAUGCAACUAUCAUUUUAGACUAAGGAUCCUAACAUUGGAACUGCCAAUAUUUUACACUCUUGGGUGUAGAGGGACCCCUGUUCCCAUCUAUAUCUUUGGUUGGCUACGACGAACUUGGAAUGGGCGAGUGAUGUAGAGAGAGGCGACAGAAGUUGCACCGCGGGCACCUGGCACGGCUCUGCAAGGAACUGUGACAAAGUGACAGCUGGGAAUCAGUUUGAAGAUUAGGAGAGAUUGGCCAGCAGGACACGACCCAUAGAGGAGGGACAGUCUGCAGCAAGUGACCCUUGGGACACAGGCUCGGACAGGCAGCUCAGCUUGUGAUAUGGUGGAUCUACUUCUGCUGGGACCAUUGGCUGUGGGAUCUGCUUCCUGCUGAUCAGUGACCUCCAGCCUGACUCCAGGAGGGUAGCUUCUAGCAUACAGCGGUUACAAUGCCAGACUCACCGGCUGAUGUGAAGACUCAGACACGGACCAGCCCAGCCAACAUGCCACCUCCUUCACCUGCACUGAGCCAAGGAACCACCCGCAGCUCCUCAUUUACACCAAGCACAAUCAUGAAUGGUAGCAGUCACUCUCCGACUGCCAUUAAUGGAGCACCCUCCACCCCAAAUGGUUUUAGCAAUGGGCCCUCGGCUUCCUCUUCUGCUGCACUAACGAAUCAGCAGCUCCCUCCAGCCUGCGGGGCACGGCAGCUUAGCAAGCUCAAGCGUUUCCUGACCACGUUACAGCAGUUUGGCAGCGACAUUUCACCAGAGAUUGGGGAACGUGUGAGGACGUUGGUGCUUGGGCUUGUGAAUUCCACACUUACCAUUGAGGAGUUUCACUCAAAGUUGCAGGAGGCCACAAACUUUCCUCUUCGGCCAUUUGUAAUUCCCUUCUUAAAGGCUAACCUCCCCCUGUUGCAGCGUGAGCUCCUGCAUUGUGCUCGAUUAGCAAAGCAGAGCCCUGCCCAGUACUUGGCACAGCACGAACAGCUUCUUCUUGAUGCCAGUUCAAGUAGCUCCCCCAGCGACUCCCCUGAGUUGCUCAUGGAGGUGAAUGAGAAUGGCAAGCGGCGGACCCCAGACAGGACCAAAGAGAAUGCACAGGAAGGUGUACACCCUGACCAUCCUGCCAAACGCACAUGUACCACAAGCCCUGCACAGAGAUUUAGCCCAAGCAAUGGACUCACGCACCCUCCGUCUAAUGGACUACCACACCCUACUCCGCCACCAACUCAACAUUAUCGUCUAGAGGACAUGGUACUGGCUCAUCAUUAUCGACACACAGAGCCUCGGGAGGUGCGAGAGCGCCACCGGCAGACAGCUGUGCACGAAGUAAUCGACCACAGACUUACAGAGCGUGAGUGGGCAGAGGAGUGGAAGCAUCUCAACAAUCUUUUAAACUGCAUCAUGGACAUGGUGGAAAAAACACGACGUUCGCUAACCGUACUUCGCCGUUGCCAAGAAGCAGAUCGUGAAGAGCUGAAUCAUUGGAUACGACGCUACAGUGAUGCAGAGGAUAUAAAAAAGACUGUCAGCUCUGCAAGUCAACAAGCAAGACACCACAACAAUACAUCUAGCACUGAGUCCUCCCCAACUGAACCAACACGGGACUUCCUACACAGGCCACAGGCUGGAUACAUGCCUGAAGAGAUCUGGAGGAAGGCAGGCGGUGAACGAAGUGAAGCGACAGGCUAUGUCAGAACUGCAGAAAGCUGUGUCAGAAGCAGAGCGCAAGGCACACGAUCUCAUCACUGUGGAACGCGCCAAGAUGGAAAGGGCACUAGCGGAAGCAAAGCGCCAAGCAUCGGAGGACGCAGCAUCUGUCAUCAAUCAGCAGGAAGACUCAAAGCUGCUGGAACUGUGGGCGAAAAGCAAGUGAAACAUGCAGUGGCUGCAACACUGCCCGAUACUGUGGCUCCUUUUGCCAGCACAAGGACUGGGAGAAACAUCACCAUGUGUGCGGUCAGUCCCUACAUCAUCCAUCCAAUGUACCACCAGCCUCUACUACUCCAGCCACACCUGUGGCCAGUCCCACUGCAAGCAGCUCUGUCUCCCGAUCUGGAACCCCUGCCACUCCACUACUGCUGGAUACUGCCUCCCGCUAACAUAUAGGUUAACCCUGAGGCAGUACACUGACUAGUCAUUGAAAUGUCAACCCCUCUCACAGACAGCUCCACUUGGCACAUUGAUAGAGGAACAACCAAUGAAGACUUUUCCUUCCCAUGUUAUGUAUUGCUGUGUGGCUGACUGGCUUUAAUCCAGGAGUCAACACAAAGAUGCUUUACGCGACUGGAUAACAUUACAUCGGUUCCUCUGUGAAUCUACUGGAAAAUCUUUAGAAGGAUCUAAGAUUUACAAGGGAACGUGGAAAAGUAUGGGGGUCAGGGAAUGCUCAUUUAUAACUGCUUUCAAUUUGUCGGCUUUAAAAUGACAGAAUAAAAUAUCCAAAAAUAGAAAUGUAAAAUGAAACUACCUUGCUAGUCAGCCAAGAAAUGUCCAACACCAAGAACACCUCUAAAGGAAUCCAAAAAAAAAACCAUAAUUUAUUCCAAACAUUACCAGCCCUGCCAAAGCCCUUUUGACCCUUUCAGUGGAGGGGAUAUUGUGGAAUCUCAUGACCGGGGAGUAUGGAAGCCUAAAGAGGUCAUGGCAUUGGAAUGAAAGCUACAGACUGCACUUCUUAAAGGCUUUCUCCAGAGAGGUCACUGUGCUGCUGCACUUAACAACAUCUGCAUCUUCCUCCUCUACCUCUUGUGCAGCAAACGCCUCUUGUCAUUGUGGCACUGUUGCUAACUUUUCUUCUUUCAGACUUUUCUCAAAGAAGAAAACACAACCAGGGGCAUUCUUUCUAUCCCUAUCAGAAAGACUAUGUUAUGAGUUUCUGUCCUGCCCUGCUAGUACUGAUUAAUUUAAAGAGGUUACGUAAUGUUA